AUGGAUUUUUCUAAAUACAUCUCCCUUUUAGCCAUUUCUCUGUGAGUGUGAGCAGGCUUCAUUAAAGCAGAGAUAAUCCAUCACGGAUAUUUGAAUGCAAGCCAGCAAGUCUCUUUGUCACUGAAUAACUCAGAUCCAAAUAUAUGCGCUGAAUACAUGUUUAUGACAAAUUAUAAGAAGGGAUACUUUGAUUUAGUUACCACUCCUAGCACUAAUACUGGUUUCCAACAGAGGAUUAUUUUGACAGAUAUGCCUCAUGAUGUCUGCCCAACUCAGUGAUCUGCAGAGCCUAACUAUUGCCAAGUUGUUUCAAACAGAAUCUUCAGCAGAACGCAGGCAGUCUUUUCGAAAUGCUUUCCAAUAUUAUAUGUGUACAUAGUUAACCAAGUUCCUUCAAUAAACCUGGAAGGAUUUUUAGAAGAUACUGGCAUUGAUCAAGACGAUACACUCACAAUCGCUCCUACAAGUAAUCUAGCAGAGAUCACUGAUGUUAACGAGGUAUCAGAUAAAGAGCCAGUGUUCACUCUCAAGCCAAAACAUUUGGAAACAGAUUGUUUGACUCUCGAAAAUGUAUUGCCAAAAUGAGCCUCCCUCUCUAAAAGACAAUGUAUUGAUAAAGCUUUUUGAUCUGAAGAAUGAGCUCUGCUUACUUGCAAAGAUGUUGAAGGCAAAGACCUUUUCUCAGUAUGCACAGACGUACAACUUAAAAAUGAACAGUUGCUAGAUAUUUGCACCGAUCAUGUCUUUGGAGGAGAGAAUUACUUAUUUAACAAAUGUGUGAACCCAGAACCAUUUUCACCAUCUUUAACUGAAGCACAGGUGUCUAUAUUCCUUAUUGUUUGUGUCUUCAUGACUCUUUUAGUCUCCUGUGUUUGCUGUUAUAAUCUGAGGCUGAUAAAAACAGGUGAAGCUCCUUGUGCUAUAUGCCCAAUUUGUCCAGACUGUCUUUUCCCAACAGAAAUUGAAGAUGAAGAAGAUUUUAAAGAUGAUGAAUUUGAUUCAGAAUUCUAA